UCUAGGACAAGUCGGCCUUCGAUAAGCACCAAACCUCGUGUCAUGGUCAAUACACCUACAAAGAGAUGGUAAUGGGAAUUGCAUCAUCCUUUAUGGAACAUCUUACUGAUUCGAGCUAAUUGAACUCUCAUUUGUCCAAGUAAUUUGGCUGCAGUCUUCCAUUUUGAUUUCGUACGAACACGAUCCACCCCAGCCACAACCAUGGUCAAGACUAGCCAUAAAUCAUGGGUGGUUAUGCCUCUCUAUUACUACCCGCUGACCGAGGAUACAUGGAAGCCGCUUCACUACGCUUUCUCCGCUCACCCCGAUACCAACUUUCUUGUGAUAGUCAAUCCGAACAGUGGGCCGGGCGACACGCCGCUGCCUAGUCACGACUAUUUGCGCGAGGUACCCAAACUGAAUGCCUACCCAAAUGUUUACACAGUGGGCUAUGUUCGCAUAGACUAUUGUCGCAAGCCUCUUUGGGAAACUUACGGGGAAAUUCGUCGCUACGCAGAUUGGCAUGCUGCUUACGAGGUUCCAGGCCUCUACGUUCAGGGCAUCUUUGUGGACGAGGUGCCCAACCAUUUUUCAGCUGAAAGGUUCGAGUAUCUGACCGAAGUUCGCUCCUUGAUCAAGAAUGCGCACGGCCUGCUUGACGACCGGCUUGUCAUCCACAAUCCCGGUACCCCUCUGGUCGGCGGUGGAGGUGAGCGUGUGGAGGACCUUGCCUCUUUCGGGAGCCCAGAUGUCGUCUGUAUCUGCGAGGUCCCCCACAAAGAAUAUGAAGACGACACCGUUCAAAAGAGGUUGGUCGAGUUUAGCGUCGACUGGUCGCGCUCCAUGUACCAGAUUUCUGGAAUUCCACUUGAUCAGAUUCAUGAUGUGGUAAAGGACUUGUGUCAGCGCGGCCAGUAUGUCUUCGCAACUGAUCUCGUGGAUGACUUCUAUGAGAGCUUUGGACAGAGUUGGCAUAAAUUCACCGCCGCAGUGGGCAAAUCGUCAUAAAUAGUUAUCAUUCUAUUUUCAAUGGAGUUUGGAUGUAUUGCAAUACAA